CAAGACCUGUCCCCACAGGUUCGUUUUCUGAACGAUGCGGCCCAUCUUCUCUCUCAAGUCGCACCACAGACAUCUGCGUUUCUCAUGAGCAGGCGUAGCGAGUUGCUCGUCGAGAACAAUGUGCCAAUACCUGAUAUUCAUCGUCAACAUGUCUGCAGCAGCUGCGGUCACAUCCUCAUCCCGGGCCAAGGCGACACCCUCAAGAUCAGCACAGACAAGGCCUUGAGGUUACGGGCCAAGGGCAACAAGAAGCAGCAGCAGUCCCGGCCUCAGAAGGCACUGGCGACACCAGCUCCUCACGCAGGGCAACGCGCCCGACCUGGUGGCAUCUCAAAGGUCAUCCUGUGUGCCAUGUGCCACAGAGAGACGAAAAUCAAGCUGGAAGGCCCGAAGCCCAUCUCGCGGUCCAGGAAA